AAUUAAUCAUGGCAGAAGCCAGCGACAGCGCACCCAUAAAACACGAUCCGGACUAUUUCGUGUCGGAAGAGAACGAGACGGAGCACCAGAACAUCUUCGAGGAGUCGGCUCGUUCGAGCACCGUGAAGAAAAUAUCUGCCAUCAUAGAGAAGGAAUUCACGAGGGAAAUCGAGACGAAAAAGGAGGAGGUCAAAGCUAUCUACAAGGCGCUGACAAAGGCGACAAAAACGAUGCAUUAUUUGCGCUAUGCCAUAGUCAAACAUUAUUACAGCCAAGGAAUGAGUACCGAUCCAGCUCACGCUACUUUACAAUCUCGCUUGCAUCCCACAGUGAACGCUCCCAAGAGAAAAGUACCAUACAAUGACAUGGAGUAUAACUGUUGGGAGGAGCUUGGAGUUAUCACCGAAAAGAAAAGGCUGGCUGACGAACGUGCUCAAAGUACAAGUAAUUCUAAAGGCGCGGAUGAUGAAGGUAGUAGAUCUACAUGUAAUGACAAGCCAAGUUGUUCCAAAGACAUUGACAGCGUGCAUCAUGUUACUGGUGCAAAUCAUAAAAUAACCAAAAGAAUCGUUGUUGGUAAUUUGUCAAAGUGGCUUGUUGAUUCCGAUUCAAGGGGGAAAAAUAAUGCAACGCACAAGUGGAAGGUAUACAUCGAGGACAUUGAAAAAAGUGAUCUCAGUUCCAUUUUUUCCAAAGUCAAAUUCUUCUUGCAUCCAAGUUACAAGCCUCACGAUGUGAUUGAAGUAACAUCACCGCCAUUUCAUUUAGCCAGGCUUGGUUGGGGUGAGUUUCCCGUGAGGAUUCAGUUGCACUUCACCAAUGCCAUCAAUAAGCCUGUGGAUAUUAUUCACCAUUUGACACUUGAUAAAACUUUCACGGGCUUGCAAACUUGUGGAGCACAAACAGUAGUGGAGUUGACCAUCAGCACGAAAAGACUGACAUCAGCACCUGUGAUAGACCUAGAAGGUGAUGAGGAAAAAGACUGCAAUGAUAGUGAAAUUCAAUCGGAUUUGGAUUUGUUACUGAAAAAUAGAAUAACCGAUGAACAAUCAAACAUUACAAUACAUCAUGAUCUCCCGUCAGAUCACGAUUAUGUAAAUAUUAAUCCAAAGCUCAGCCAAGAAUCUUCAAACUCUGAAAAACAGGAAAAUCAUUCAAAAUUAAAUAAUCUUUGUAACGAAAAUUCAACUGCAACAAAAUUAGAUUCAAAUCAACAGCCACUUUUGCCAGAAAAGACUGUCUCCAUCCAGAAGGAAUUGGAUGCUCCUAAUUCACAAGAUUCAUCGAAAAAAGACAAUGUUUCUACGAAUCCUACACCAGCCAAGUACCUAUCUAAAGAAGGAAUCACGGAAGCUCUAGUACAUUUGAUAAACCACGCAAAACCAGAAAGUUUGCCCAACAUUUUGAAAAUAAUUGCGACAAAGACUCCUAUAAUCACCGAAAAGGCGUUGAUUCCGCACUACAAAGCCCAGCACCCCUAUGCUUGCGAAAGUUAUGCUGUGUACUGCAGUUACUCGAGGGCAAAGCAGAGAGCCAUAGAACGACAGCGAGCUAUUCGUGCUUUGGAAAUACUGUCGAAAUCGAAACACAAAGCCGACAUUAGUAUAAAGGAUUUUGUGACGUGGGCAAGGAGGUACGGGUUCACUCCGAUCGACAGCACUGCGUGUGCGUCAAAGACGAAAAAGUCGGCAGGUGGCAAUAAAAAAAGGGAAAAAAUUGAGGUGUCAUCAACUGUCAUACAGGAAGCUAACCAGUGGAUUAAAGAGCUGGAGAGCAAAGAGGGCACGUUGAAGCUCGACGAUGAUGACAACGAAGAAGUAGAUGUGAUGAGCGUACAACAGAUGCCAACGUACCGGAAACGCGUGCCAAAACCAAACGAGCUACAAGCGCAUACCGAAAUGCCACAAAUUUUACUGGAGUACCCGGAAACGACGAACAGUCUGCUGGAGUACGUGCGAAACGUCACAGACAGGCGAGGCAUCACCCUACGGCCCGAAGAAUUGUUCCCCGAAACUGUAGAAAUAUUAACAGAAAAAAAAUUGAGAAAAAUAAGCCCUAGCGUCGUCCACUCGACGUCGAGCCUAAUCGUCAGCAAGGCUGUCGAGUGUUUCAUAGAGGAUAUUCUCAGGCUGUCCCACUCGUGUGCUGUGGACAGGUGUGAUAAGGACGCUGUUUUCAUUGAUGUGGACGAUGUUCGAGCGGCAUUGUUGAAGAGGGAUGAGUUUGAGUUGUUGACAAACUCUGGUUUGGGAACGGAUGAUUAAUCAUCGGGGAUUGAAAAAAUUAUUUUAUUAGAAAAAAAUCGAAAGAAAGCGUGUAAAUACGAUCGUUUUUGUACCACGAAGAUUCUCAAGAUAUUUUAUAAUGGUUUUUAUGUACAUAAAAAUAAACAUUCUUUUUAAUACAUAUUUUUUUGAGACUUGCAGAUAUUAUACAUGUGUUGAA